UUCAGCUGACACUCAACAGUCUCAACAACUUCCAACUUCUGGAGCAGGAGUUUCCCCGAGGGGUUGUGCGAGACAAUCGUAAAUUAUUGUUAUUUACCUCUCAUCAAUGGAAAAUUGAAAAAGAAAUGGCUUUGGCUGUGCGCACUAUCGCAUUAAUCCCACAAAUUGGAUAUUGAAAGUCCUUUUAUUUCCAAUGCGGAGAAGAUUUAUUGACCUGAAGAACGACGUUCGUCGAUUGCCAUGUCAGAGAGCAGCGAUUCUGAGGAGUUCUUCGAUGCUGAGGAUGACAGCUUUCACAGGAGCACCAGACGGGGGAAAGUGAAAGAAUCACCUGCAUUGGAAGCACAGGGAGAGGCACCUCCGACUCCUAUCACUCCAUCCAAUGAUACGGUGUUCGUUAAACCUGCGGAUCCCAAGCCACUGGUGGAAACCCAGAAUCAUGUCAACGUUAAUUCCACAACGGGGGAUGCGGAGGACAAGCCCACGGGACUGGAGAAGAUCGUCAGCCGUCGAAAAUUCCGCGAGUUGCGCCAACGAAUGGAAACGGAGGAUGACGACAUCCCCAUAAACAAUUCACCCCCGGACAGUCAAACAUCGUCAAUCGAGGGUGUCUACCCGACACCAUCGAAAACCUCCCACCCCUUCAGGAUAAUCGAGCACGACACCCUCAGCUUGCAAAGUAUGACGUCACUUGGUAGAGUUGGAAGAAUCUUAGGAGGUGGUUCUGAUGCUGCAUCUAGUGUUGUACCCUGUGGUGUUCCAGUUUCGAUGUCAAGAGAAGCACAGAUGGCAUCGCUGGCCAAUGCCCACUCCAAAGACGAUGAUUCAGCAUCAGGAAAGAUCUCCCAGUCGUCGAGUGUACUCACCCUGUCCGGAGAUCUCGUCCAGGAGGGGUCAAUCAAUGGCAGAUCAGAGUACUCAAAGUGCGAUCCUAAAGUUGUUCUGCAGGAGCCCGAUGUCAUAGCUAGCACAAAGAAUAAUGGAAAGAGUAUUGACACUCAGGAGGUGAUACCUGUUGCACCACCGAGAAGAAAAAAAAAGUCGAAACCACAAACACCAACGGAUCUGGCUCCUACCUCUGCAGAGGGAUCGAUGCCGGCCUCGUCACUACCAAGUCCAGCAAGUACAAUUGAAUCGAUAACACGUGAAUUUGAACAUUCAUUGGAUAUAAGAUCGGCUACUAAAGGGCAAUACGUCGUCAAGCCACAGGCAAGUUUCACCACAAGUAAUUACGUUCUUUACUUCAAGGACGAAAAAAUUCCAGUUCAUUGUGACACGAUAUCACCCUCCAAAGGAUUUUUAAUGACACACCGACAUGACCGGGAUGAGGAUAAAUCAAAAGCAGAAGGCCCUUCAUCAGUGGAACUCGAUAGACUGGAAAAAAUCAAGGCAGAGUUGCUGAGUUUACGGUCGAGCGAUAAAUCAAAUAGCCCUAUUGGAUCGAUAUCGAGUAAUAGCAUUGGUCGAUAUUCUCUUGGGCAGAGGUUUCCCGGUAUCAGUCCUCAUAACUCAAGGGAGAGACGCAAGUCCGCUGGGGAUCAGGAUAUGGUUAAACAGCUCAAUAUGUUUGUGAGGACUAGAACGGAUUCUGGAAAACGUUUAACUGAUAUGGAAAUUCUGGAGCAAGUAACAGUAUUGAAUCUGGAUACGGGUGAGCGAGUGCCAUUGAGUAUAGCCGAAGAUAAGCUCCCCCAGUGUAUGAACCCUCUCUCCCUCCACAUAAUGCGUCUCACCUCCGAGUAUGUGAGCAACUCUAGUCUGGAAAAGGAGAAAGAGAGUGACGAGGAGAGUGUCGACAGUAAAAUGUCAUCGAUUCCCCCCGACGAGGACGUCUCAGUGGGUCGUGUCCGCAAGAAGACCCAAAAGUUCAAGAGAUUCCUGGGCUCCACAGUGAAAAAAACCAUGGACAAGGCGAAAUCAAUAGCCCAGGAGGUGUCCCACGCCCGUCACAAGGAAGACGUGAUGGACAUCGUGGACGACGUGUACCCAGGGGAGCCCCAGGUGAUAAAACUGAAAGCCUCAAACUCCCACAAAGGCCCCUACGAAUUUUCGUGCCUGCAGCACGUCCAGGACUUGAGUGGUGAGCACGUGGGUCCAGUCUGGUGCAUGAAAUUCUCAGCCUGUGGUAGACUCCUGGCAACAGCUGGUCAGGAUCGUGUCCUGAGGAUUUGGGUCCUGCGUGAUGCAUUCACAUACUUCCAGGACAUGAGAACGAAGUACAAUGCUGAAAAAGUGAGUCCAACCCCUUCACAGGAGUCCCUGGUCUCCCAGCAGUCGAUGGAGGAUCCAAAUGUGGCAGCAAGUGCUCUCAGUGAGAUCGAGGGAACCAAGAGCCCCUUCAUGCCGAAGCCCUUCUGCACGUACUUGGGGCACACAUCAGACCUGUUGGACGUCUCCUGGUCGAAGAACUACUUCAUCCUGUCGUCGUCGAUGGACAAAACAGUCAGACUCUGGCACAUCUCCAGAAAAGAGUGCUUGUGCUGCUUUCAGCACAUAGACUUCGUAACUGCCAUUGUCUUCCACCCCAAGGACGAUCGUUACUUCUUGUCUGGCUCGCUGGAUGGCAAGCUCAGGCUGUGGAAUAUUCCCGACAAGAAGGUCGCUGUCUGGAAUGAAGUCGAUGGCCAGACGAAGCUCAUUACAGCUGCCAAUUUCUGUCAGAAUGGCAAAUUCGCUGUUGUGGGGUCCUACGAUGGUAGAUGCAUAUUUUAUAAUACUGAUCAGCUGAAGUAUCACACCCAGAUUGACGUCAGAUCCACCAGGGGAAAGAACUCACGUGGGAGGAAGAUCAGUGGCAUUGAGCCUAUGCCUGGGGAGGACAAGAUUUUGGUCACUUCUAAUGACAGCAGAAUACGACUCUAUGACCUGAGGGACCUCAAUUUAUCGUGUAAAUAUAAGGGGUAUGAGAAUGUCAGCAGUCAGAUUAAGGCCAGUUUCAGCCCUGAUGGGCAGUAUAUCGUCGCUGGCUCUGAGAAUCAGUGUAUUUAUAUUUGGAAGACUCAUCAUGAUUAUUCGAAGUUCUCCAGUGUCAGGAGGGAUCGUAAUGACUUCUGGGAAGGGAUUAAGGCUCAUAAUGCUGUUGUCACUUGCGCUGUUUUUGCACCCAAUCCUGAUUCUAUCAUCAGGCAGAUUGAGGCUAGGGAGCAGUGGGAGGGGAGGGAGGAUCCGAAGAAUGGUGCUGCCACUGGGGCGAUUGCCAAUCCAGUUGAUCCUGUUGUUGAGCAGAGAACCAAGGGCUGUGGCGGGCAUGUCUUAGUCAGCGCGGAUUUCAAUGGGUGCAUCAAAGUAUUUUUGAAUAAAACUAAACCAAAACACAGUUCACUACCUGCUUCGGCACUUGCCUAAUUGGGGGUUUCUUGGGGUUUUGGGGAAGUUGUGGGGAGAUGAAUAAAUUUAGGGAAAAUUCUAGGGGGUUCCGUUGAAAAUUAUGUUGGAUUUCUCGGGAACUUCUAUUGAAAAUUCUAAUCAUUUUUUAUUUUUAACGAAAUUUAUUGCAAGAAAAAUACUCAAAAA